AUGAAAAACAACCAUAAGGAAGGAAACAAACAUUUUUGGCAAUUAGAAUGUUUGUCAGCACCGGAGCGUCUCAACGGGAACGAACGAUGUGACCGCAAGGCGGAGAACCAAACCAGCUCGUGGUCUCCGUACAAAAUCGACGUCGAUGACGCCUUCAUUGCAUCGGAGUUCUCGAACAGCUAUCCAAUGAUCGAUACUAAUCAUAAAGUUUCAUCGCCAUUAUUGAAACGCUUUCCGUCAAGUGGCAGCGAUAUGUCGGCUGAUUCUCCAGUAUCAUCGAUGCCAUCAUUGUCUCCAAUCGUCGGAACACCACAUAUCACACACUUCAGCGAGCAGAAUAGCGAUUCCCAUACUCCGAUGCAGCAGCAAUCACUUCUGGAACAGUCGUCGUAUGUCGAUAAUCCCACUUCAGAUGAUGAUUCUCUUCAACGAGAUCCAUGGCCGCAUCAAGAGAACAAUGGAAUGCACUUUAAGGUUUGGCCUGAAGAGGACUUUAUGAGUCGUUCGACACGAACGGGAUGGACAACAUCUAUCGCGGCGACUUUUGUACAACGAUCACAAUCCUCCCACAUUAGUAUCGAACAUGGGCGAAUUGAUGGCCAGAUAAAUGAAAAUCAGUCCGUUCACAAUCAGCUGCGAUUCAUAUCGAGCACACACAAGUGUCCCACUUUAUCGCAACUUGACGAGAUUGAGAGACGUGACCUAGUCAACCGAUCGGCUUGGAUAGACCGCGGCGAUAAAACGAUUAAGCAGGAACGUUUCGGUCACGACAAGGUAGCGGUAGCUAGCAAAACCUCAGCACACAAAUGUCGGAAUGGCAGCCAAUCAGGCGAUUUGCCGUCAUCGAUCUCGUUACAUGGACAGUUGUUGUACAACAGCCCUGAACUCCAUCGACAGGACAACAGCGCAAUGCAAGAUGGUGAAUCUGUCUAUUUUCCGAUGCCGACGUUAACCGAACUUCAAACGUCCUUGUAUGUUAAACUUUUCUAUUAUAACAUUAGAUGA